UUCCUUAAAUGGCCCACGCUCCAGGCCGCGGGAGACUUCCCCGCACCAGCAUGGCUGCGCCCAUUUGGGGCGCUUAUGGUUGUUUCGAAUGUGGGUCUGAGCCGGCUCGUGGGGCUGGGCUUUAGGCAGAACGGGUUGAAAAGGAAUAUAUUGCAUUUCAGCGCUUCCUGCCCCUUAGGAACUGUGCUAGGCGCUUUGUGUGUCUCAUCUCCAAGUGACCCUCCUCCACACUCGAGGGUAGGAUCUAGUUUCACAAUGUUUGGGGAUCUGUUUGAAGAAGAUUAUUCCAGUGUGUCAAAUUAUCAGUAUGGAAAAGAAAAGAAAUUAAAGACCAAAACCUUGGAGCCACCAGCUCCCAGGGAAUUCACCAAUUUAAGCGGAAUAAGAAAUCAGGGUGGAACCUGUUACCUCAAUUCCCUCCUUCAGACUCUUCAUUUCACACCUGAAUUCAGAGAAGCUUUAUUUUCCCUUGGCCCAGAAGAACUUGGUUCAUUCGAGGAUAAGGAUAAACCUGAUGCAAAGGUUCGGAUCAUACCGUUACAGUUGCAGCGGUUGUUUGCCCAGCUUCUUGUCUUGGACCAGGACGCGGCGUCCACAGCAGACCUCACUGACAGCUUCGGGUGGACCAGCAAUGAGGAAAUGAGGCAACAUGAUGUGCAGGAACUGAAUCGAAUUCUCUUUAGUGCUUUGGAAACCUCUUUAGUCGGGACCUCCGGCCAUGACCUCAUCAAUCGUCUGUAUCAUGGAACCGUUGUUAACCAGGUUGUUUGUAAAGAGUGUAAGAAUGUCAGUGAAAAGCAGGAAGACUUCUUAGAUCUAACAGUAGCAGUCAAAAACGUAUCAGGUUUGGAAGACGCCCUCUGGACCAUGUUUGUAGAAGAGGAAGUGUUUGACUGUGACAACUUAUACCACUGUGGGACUUGUGACAGGCUGGUUAAAGCCACAAAGUCAGCCAAAUUACGUAAGCUGCCUCCCUUUCUUACUGUGUCAUUAUUAAGAUUUAAUUUUGAUUUUGUGAAGCGUGAACGAUACAAGGAAACUAGCUGUUACACAUUCCCUCUACGGAUCAAUCUCAAGCCUUUUUGUGAACAGAGUGACUCGGAUGACUUGGAGUAUGUCUAUGACCUCUUCUCGGUUAUUAUACAUAAAGGUGGUUGCUAUGGAGGACAUUACCACGUCUAUAUUAAAGAUGUCGAUCAUCUGGGAAACUGGCAAUUUCAAGAGGAAGAGAGCAAACCAGUUUUGAGUUUCAAAGAUCUCCAGAAUGAAGAAGAGAUUGAUGAUGAUCCACUGAUAAUUCUGAAAGCAAUCUUACUACAGGAGGAGAAUAAUGUAAUUCCUGUUGAUCAGCUGGGCCAGAAACUCUUGAAAAAGACAGGAAUGUCUUGGAACAAGAAGUACAGAAGACAGUAUGGACCACUGCGAAAGUUCUUAAAGCUUCAUUCCCAGAUAUUUCUACUCAGUUCAGAUGAAAGUAUAGUCAGUCUAUUGAAGAAUGGUUUUCUCCAGGCUGAGUCUGAUUUCCAAAGGAAUGAUCAACACAUUUUCAAGACAUUUACUUCAGAAUCCCCAGGAUUAAAUGAUAAAACCUCCUGUCCUCACUGGUUUGAUAUAAAUGAUUCCAAAGUCCAACCAAUCAAGGAAAAAGAUAUUGAACGGCAGUUUCAGGGUAAAGAAAGUGCCUACAUGUUGUUUUAUCGGAAAUCCCAGUUGCAGAGACCCCCAGAAGCUCAAGCUAAUCCAAGAUAUGGGGUUCCAUGUCAUUUGCUGAGUGAAAUGGACGCAGCCAACAUUGAACUGCAAAUAAAAAGGGCAGAAUGGGAUUCUACAAACAAUAAUUUAGAGUUACAUCUCCACCUGGGCCCUCAUUAUCAUUUCUUCAGUGGGGCUCUGCACCCAGUUGUCUCUAAAGCAGAAAGUGUGUGGGAUUUAACCUUUGAUAAAAGAAAAACUUUAGGAGAUCUGCGACAGUCAAUAUUUCAGCUGUUAGAAUUUUGGGAAGGAGAUAUGGUUCUUAGUGUGGCAAAGUUUGUACCAGCAGGACUUCACGUUUACCAGACGCUUGAUGGAGAUGACCUGACACUGUGGGAAAUGGAGAUUGUGGACGGGGAAGACCUCUUUGUAUGGAAUGGGGUGGAGGUUGGUGGCAUCCAGAUUCCAACCGGGAACGACUGUGAACCUCUGCUCAUAAAUGUUCUUCAUCUAGCAACAAGCAGUGAGGGGGACAAGUGUCAGCAGUUGGUAGAGUCUCCACAUGUCUUUCCGUCCAAUGCACAAAUGGGCGAGGUGCUCACCACCCUGGCAGGGCCCAUGGGUGUCCUCUUCAUCAACGCCACUGACCCUGCCGAGGAAGAGAACUGGGUCGCCAUUCCCAGGGAGGACCUGAAGAAGACUUUCAGAGAGCUGGGCCUCGGGAACCACAGCUCAGUUCUCGUUCAGGAUUCUAGAGAUGAUAACAGUGUGCUCCUCAAACAAGGGAAGUGGUUCAGUGGUAUGAGUGAGAUCAGCUGGCUCCAGGUUCAAAAUCUAUGCGAAUUAGAAUCCGAAGAGAAGCAAGUAAAAAUAUCAGCAACUAUGAACACAGUGGUGUUUGAUAUUCGAAUCAAAGCUAUAAAGGAAUUAAAAUUAAUGAAGGAACUAGCUGAGAACAGCUGUUUGAGACCUAUCGACAGAAAUGGGAAGCUACUUUGUCCAGUGCCGGACAGUUACACUUUGAAGGAAGCGGAACUGAAGAUGGGGAGUUCCCUGGGACUGUGUCCUGGAAAAGCGCCAACCUCAUCUCAGCUGUUCCUGUUUUUCACUGUGGGAAGUGAUGUUCAGCCGGGUACAGAGAUGGAGAUCAUAGUAGAAGCAACAAUGUCUGUGGGAGACUGUUUAAAGCUCCUGCUGGAGAAGUCUGGCCUGCCAGGAGACACAUGGCAUUUACGAAAAAUGGAUUGGUGUUACGAAGCUGGAGAGCCUUUAUGUGAAGGAGAUGCAGCCCUGAGAGAAGUUGCGAUACGUUCUGGAGAUACUUUGCUUUUAAUUGAAGGAAAACUUCCUCCUCCGGGUUUCCUGAGGGUUCCCGUUUGGUGGUACCAGCCUGGGGGGCCCACGGGUCACUGGAAGAGUCCGGUCCGGAUGAACAGCACCCCUUCCCCAGAUGCUCCCGGCGACCCGCACGGGGAGGUUUCCCUCCGCUUCCUGGGGGACCUGGAGAUCUCCGAAGACACCACUGUGGCAGAGCUCAAGGCCCAGGCCAUGACCUUGUCCCCCUCCUCGGAGUUGGUCAUCCCCUCCCCAGCCUUCCUCAGAGCCUGGACCAUGGAAGGCCAGCGCCCCAGCAGGCUUUUACGUGCCAACCAGCAGCAGCUCAAGGAAUACAAACUGGGAAGGAAAACUGAGAUCUGCUUAGAGCCCCUUGAGAAAGAAGAAAAUUUGGGCCCCCAUGACGUGGUGCUGAGGACGCAGAUGCGCCUCCCUGGCGAGAGGGCCUACACUCCCUGCGUGGACCUGGUGUGGGACACCGCCCGCGGCUGGACGGCCAGCUCCCUGCGGCAGCGGGUCGCCUACUUCUGCUCUCUGCCCGUGGAGAAAAUUGAAAUUGCCAAGUACUUCCCGGAAAAGUUUGAGUGGCUUCCGAUAUCGAGCUGGAACCAGCAACUUACCAAGAGGAAAAAGAAGAAAAAGCAAGAUAAUUUGCAGGGGGCACCUUAUUAUUUGAAAGAUGGAGACACGAUUGGUAUUAAGAAUCUCCUGGUUGAGGAUGACGAAGAUUUCAGUACAGUCAGAGAUGACCUGGGAAAGGAAACACAGAAGCAGCUCGCUCUGGGAAAGAAAAGCCAAGAAGCCCUUCGUGUGCCAAGCAGUGACCUUUUCUCCGGUGCCAAGAUACCCAGCCGGCCCCGCGCACCAGAAGCUUCUCUUUCCAUCCAUGUCGGGAGUUUCCCAUAGCACGGGCUGCCACCAGCGUCCCUGGGGGCUCCUCAUUCCUGCAGCGCCUCGCCAGGUGGGGCGGUUUUCUGCCUUCUGCAGACAGACGGUCCAAAUCCUCCACCUCGUUACAAGCAGAGGGAUGUCCUGCCUUGGGCCAGGUGAGUGCACCUUACAUGUGGCCGUGCUGCACUGCACACCUGUGCCGGGGGAUGACCCAGACCCAGCAGUGUCCUCCAGCAGCCAGUGACAUGCUGUCCUCACGCUGCACCUGACUCUAGCCACCAUUCAUAGAAGAAAACUCCCCGGUUUUGCAUGAACCACAGGCAUGGAUACGACGGCACGUUGCCAGCCUUGGACCGACCUGCCGUUGGAAGUCUGCACGGUCCGCCUUCCCCGCCUUAUUCCACUGUUCACGUGAGGGUGUCGGCCCCUGAGCUGACAAAGGAUCGGACAGCUCCGCUCACACGAUGGCUUGGCUCAGGCUACCCAGCCGGUGGCUGUUUUCUGGUCCCCACGGCCCACGUGCCCCCUGCUGUCUGAGUUAAAACAGAUUCUGAAGCCUCGGCUUGCUUUCCAGCCAAAGGAAAGAGGAGGCCUCAGGCGUAGCUGUGCCGGGGGCAGGGAUCCGAACCUUCUCGCUGCCAGAGCCUCUCUGGGGCUGCAAGCCUGCUUGGGGCACACGAGCCCGGGGGUGCUGAGGCGGCAGCGCAGAGUGGCCUCAGCACAGGGGACAGAACGUAAAACCUAGACUGAACUCUUCAUGAAGUACGGCUCAUGAAAGACUUCGUCAGCAUUUAUGACGGACCCGCCUCUGGUACGGACCAGCUGAUGGGACACGGGCACACAGGGAGGCCUCACGCCCUCAGACUGCGGCUGGGUUGGAAGCGGGGUUCCUGGGAAGGGAACAAACUUCACUUUCUUACCUCAGAUGAGGCUUCGUGGCGGCUCUUGCUGUGCAGGCCUGUCACGCUCGCUGCCUGCCAGCGUGGAGAUGGUGCUCACAUGCUAGGAGACGGAAGGCAGCCGUGGACCAGUGUUCCAGCCGUGCCACCAGCUUAGGGAACCGAGGUUAACGGUGUCUCACGUGGUUUCCACAGAGCGCAUCCCCAGGCCCAAACCAGACAUGAGGGGCUAGAGCUGGAAGCCGGGCCCUCGGGGAAGCUACUCUGUUCCUGCUGCUCUGACGCAAGCUCCUUGGUCUGCCCUUGUUUUAAGGUGAUCAAAUAUUAAAGAAAUAACCGAAAAACUUUGCUUUGGGGAAACCAGGGGGCCUCACCAGACAGUCCUCCUGGCCGCACAGGUGGCUGUGCCUUCACGUGCGAGCCUCGGGCUGCUGUCUGCCCACUGGCCUGGCCGCUCCCUCCCGUUAGGGGAAGUGGGGCUCCAUGGAGAGCUGUAAGAUUCUGUUAAACUUUGUUUGGGUUGCAGUCUCCCCGUUUCUGUUGUGCACCAACUAUUCCAUGUUCCCCUCGGCAUUUUUCCCCCAAGCGCACUUCAGAUGCUCAAUAAACGUUUAUAUUUAGAAA